CGGUGCCAAUAGUGUCUUUAUUAAUGUCUCGUCGGUGCUAGAAACAAGAGAUAAAAUUUUGAAAUUGCAAGAAAAUAAUCGAUUCUGUAAUGAAAGAGUCGAAUAUAAGAUCGACGUAACGGUCGAUCAUCACUCGUUUCUAAUUACAGCUGAUUUACUAUAUACAAUACGUUUGGUUUCAUGCGUCAUGUAUUCGUAAAUAACAACGUGCAGUUUUGGUACAGUUGUGUAGUGAGCAGCAGCUUUCUUCGGUUCUUCUGGAUAAUAAUAAUCAACGUACACAAUGGUGGACAUGAAGACGAACGUGAAUUUUGCAUGCCAACGAUGUCUACAGCCUCUUAGACUCGAUUCCAGUUUUGAUCAUCUCGGGGAGCAUACGCUUGCCGAACUUUCACGUAGUUCCUAUACAGCAGCAAGUGGUCGGAGGGUUAGAAACCCAGAGCGAUAGCAUAGAACACUUGGUACCACCAUUCAGACUGACCGAAUCAGGAAACGGUACUAAUGGAUUUAUGUUAGUUGGUGAUUCCGGGGAAAAUGAGAGUUUAAGUCAUCAUCUGAAGGUACGAGCAACAUUAUUUGAUAUUCUCAGUAGUAGCAGCUCAGCAGAUCAUCCUCUUUGCGAUGAGUGUACAGACAGCCUGUUGAUAAUAAUGGAUCAGCAAUUACGUAUGACAGAAGGAGAAUGGUCAGAUUACAAUGAGUACCUGAAGAAGCUAGAAAUGGAACAGCAAUUCCAGGGACAUGAGGAUGUAGAAAUGGAAAAUCUGGUAAAGGAAUUACAAGAUGUACAGUCUGAAGAACAUAGAAUGAUAAGAGAACUGGAAGCAUUGAGGAAAGAGGAGAUAGCCACUAAAAAUGCCAUAGCACAACAGGAGAGAGAGAGGGAGAGAUUACAAAGCGAAGAGGAAAGGUAUUGGAAGGAAUAUUCCAAACACAAACGAGACGCCCUCUUAGCUGAAGAUGAGUGUCGCAGUCUAGAAUGUCAAUUGGCAUAUGCAGCUUCGCAGCUUGAAAGGCUGAAAAAAACGAACGUCUUUAAUGCCACAUUCCACAUCUGGCAUUCAGGUCACUUUGGAACGAUUAAUUCGUUUAGAUUAGGUCGGUUGCCGAGUGUACCGGUAGACUGGAGUGAAAUAAACGCAGCAUGGGGACAAACGACGCUUUUGCUAUCAUCUCUUGCGCGCAAAAUGAACUUGACAUUUAAGCGUUUCCGUCUUGUGCCGUUUGGCAAUCACAGUUACAUCGAGGCGUUGGAUCAAAACAAGGAACUUCCUUUAUAUGGAAGUGGUGGAUUCAAGUUCUUGUGGGACACGAAAUUCGAUGCAGCUAUGGUGGCGUUCCUGGAUUGUUUACAACAAUUUAAGGAACAGGUGGAGAAAGGUGACAGUGGAUUUUGUCUACCGUACAGAAUGGAUCGCGGUAAAAUAGAAGACACCGCAACGGGCAACUCCUACUCCAUAAAAAUACAGUUUAAUUCAGAGGAACAGUGGACCAAGGCUUUGAAAUUUUUACUAACCAAUUUAAAAUGGGGUCUCGCCUGGGUGAGUUCUCAGUUCACAAAAGACGAAUUGAGUAAUUGAGCAUCGGUUUUUGUGAUUUUGUGUAAAUUGGAUUAUACAAAUUGUCUCGCGCGUGGCUGCUUGUGUACAUAUGCUUUAUUUUAAAUAAAUU